GUCUGGACUCGUCUGUGCAGUGAAAGGCUCGCCGCGUUGUUGAAACACCGCCUGAUUCUGAGAGAGAAAGUUUCUUUCUUCGCUUUCUCAAUUUGCAAUUUUAAGUACUUUCUAUUUAGACUUUUGUAAACAAAAGCACCCUAAAAGGCAUUAUAAUAAUAGUGCACGAAAGAAGUAAAUCUGAAGUAGAUUUAAUAGGAUGGCGUCUAAAUCAGGAAAGAAAAAGUCAAACGAUGAGCUAUUAGCUGGUUUCAAUGCCCUAAGAACGGAACAACGCCAAAUUGCAAACAAGAUUUACGAACUGGAGAGUGAAUUUCAGGAACACAAGAUCGUGAUCGAAGCUCUUAAAGAGACUGAACCAGAGAGAAAAUGUUUCCGCAUGAUAGGAGGUAUUUUGGUGGAAAGCAUAGUGAAGGAAGUUCUACCCAAUUUGAGCGAUAAUGCAAGCAGGAUGAAAGAUCUUUUGGAGAGUAUGAACAAACAACUUAUUGAAAAAGGAAAAGAAAUUUUAGAAUACAAGGAGAAACAUCCUGGAUGUUUCGUUAAUACAAGUGGAGUCCCUCCCAAAAUCUUGGAAGAAGAAGAACCUACCCAACCUGAAUCAUCGUCUAAGUCAACUGGAAUUUUAACUGGUGGAAAGACAUGAUGUUGUUAAAUUAAUAUCACAAAAGUCUGUUCUUGUUAAUUCUAAUAGUUAUAUGAUAUUACUUCUAUUCAAAAGCAGCGUCAAAAUAAUCAUUAAUACACUUAUUUUAAACCUAUUAAGAAGUACUCAUAUUUUAUACGCAAAAACAAACUUUAAGUUGUAGCUUUAGGCUCAAUGCAAAAAGUAUUUUGAAUACUUUUCAUAACACAUAACGCUUUCCUGUCUGUUAACAGAAACAAUAUGAAUCUGUAUACAUAACACAAAGUUCGAUUGACCCGACGUAUACACUACCAACCAAUUUGAACCAAUAAACCAACCAAAUUCAAGAACGGAAUAUUUUAUUUGCAUGCUAUAUUUAUAUAGAGUUGUAUGCAGUUGAAUAAACAUGUACGCGAUAUUCAA